UUGUUGUCAUUUAAGCAGCCUCCGGUAAAGGUCUCCGGGCUCACCUUCCCGACCGGAUUUCAAAAUGCUCAUAAAAGAGUAUCGGAUUCCUCUCCCCAUGAGCGUUGAGGAAUAUCGGAUUGCCCAGCUGUACAUGAUCCAGAAAAAGAGCCGUGAAGAGACUUGUGGAGAAGGCAGCGGCGUGGAGAUUUUGGAAAACCGACCAUAUAUUGAUGGCCCAGGAGGCGACGGGCAGUACACUCACAAAGUAUACCAUAUUGGUAUGCAUAUUCCCAGCUGGUUUCGAUCGAUACUCCCCAAGGCGGCCCUCCGAGUCGAAGAGGAAUCCUGGAAUGCAUAUCCUUAUACCCGGACGAGGUACACCUGCCCAUUUGUGGAGAAAUUCUCCAUCGAUAUCGAAACCUAUUAUAUAUCUGACUCAGGAGAGCAACCCAACGUGUUCAACCUUUCCCCCGCGGAGAAGAGGCAGACGGUCCUGGAUCCUAUCGAUAUUGUGAAGGAUCCCGUCCCACCCCACGAAUACAAACCGGAGGAGGACCCAAAGGUCUUCAAAUCAGCCAAGACAGCCAGGGGCCCUCUGCCAGAGGACUGGAUCCAAGAGCAGAAGAACAACCCUGGGAUCUAUCCCGUUAUGUGUGCCUAUAAACUCUGCAAGGUGGAGUUCCGUUACUGGGGGAUGCAGUCGAAAAUCGAGCGUUUCAUCCAUGACGUCGGUUUACGGAAAGUAAUGGUAAGGGCUCAUCGGCAGGCUUGGUGUUGGCAGGAUGAAUGGUACGGGCUCACCAUAGAGGACAUCCGGCAGCUGGAGAAGGAGGCCCAGCUGAUGUUGGCGAAGAAGAUGGCCCAGUUCAGCAUCAACGAGCCUGAUCUAGAACCCCACCUUCCUCAAGACCCCCUCAAGAACGAGCGCAACCUGGAAUCCAAGGCCAUACCUCCAUCCACCGAGGGGGUGGAUGCCGCCAGCAAUAUUGAUGAAUCUUUGCCGGGGCGAGUGCUAACCAAGCAGUGGUCCACGUCUUCCAAAUCCUCUUCCAAAAGAGGAGCAAGCCCCUCGCACCAUACCAUCGCCGACUGGAGGAUGCAAAGCAUUGCCCGGGACUCGGACGAGAGCACCGACGAGGAAUUCUUCGAUGCACACGAGGAUAUCUCUGAGAACGAAGAGGUGUUCCCCAAAGAGAUUACCAAAUGGAGUUCCAACGACCUCAUGGAUAAGAUUGAAACGGCAGAGACGGAUGAAGUCCCAGAUGAGCCGACUCUUGAAUCGGCUGCGGGAUUCCAUGUCGGAUGCAGCGUGGAAAGACUAAGCAUUAUUGAGGAUGAAGCGGCGCCUCCCCUGGCGCAGCCCAGCCAAAUCCAUGUCCUCCUUUUGGUCCUGCACGGAGGCAACAUCCUUGACACGGGAAGUGGGGAGCCGAGCUCCAAGCAGGGGGACGUCAACACCAUCGCCACCGCCUUCGAUACCGUCAUCAGGGUCCAUUACCCGGCCACCCUGGGCCGGAUAGCCAUCAAGCUGGUCCCUUGUCCGGCCAUCUGCUCAGAAGCGUUUUCGCUGGUCUCCAACCUCAGCCCCUACAGCUACGAUGAAGGCUGCCUUUGCAGUAGCCAGGAUCACAUCCCACUCGCCGCGCUUCCUCUCCUGGCUACGUCCUCCCCGCAGUACCAAGAGGCGGUUGCCACAGUGAUCCUGAGAGCCAAUCAGGUGUACAGCGACUUCAUCAGGUCCCAAGAAGGGGCAUCCUUCAACGGCCAGGUCUGCCUGAUCGGGGACUGCGUGGGAGGGAUCCUGGCCUUCGACGCCCUUUGUUAUAGCAACCAGACGAUGACAGAGAGUCAGAACAGUAGCCGGCGUGGAAGCGUCAUCAGCGUGCAGGACAUGGACCUCCUGUCUCCUGGCAUCCUGGUGAACAACAGCUACUGCUCCGAAGGCUGUGGGUUGGAAGCCAGCCGGCAUCUCAGCCGGAGCACGGCCGACCUGCCACGCAGCAACGAGGAAGAUCCCCAGAAACAGCAGCUGCUGCGGAAAAGGAGCGAUUCCUCCACCUACGAGCUGGACACCUUGAAGCAGCACCAGGCGUUCCUGUCCAGUUUACACUCUAGCGCUCUGAAGAACUUUCCAGGUUCACGGCGAUCGAGUGGCUCCACUCAGUUGGACGGUGGGAAUCUUGGGAAGUUUGAAUUUGAGAUCACCGACUUCUUCCUCUUUGGCUGUCCCCUGGGGCUGGUCCUUGCCUUAAGAAAAACCAUCAUACCAACUCUUGACAUCUUCCAGUUGAGACCAGCCUGUCAGCAAGUCUACAACCUCUUCCACCCAGCUGAUCCUUCGGCCUCUCGCUUGGAGCCUCUUCUAGAGAAGAAGUUCCAUAUUUUACCUCCCUUCAACAUCCCACGUUACCAGCGGUUCCCUCUUGGGGAUGGCAAUUCAGCCCUUCUGGUGGAAGCAGUCCAGAACAACCCCGCCCUCCUCAUUGAAAGCAACCUUCUGGCUGCUUUCCAGAACCAGGACAACUUCAUGGAAACCAGUAUCCCUGUCCCUACCUUGAACUGGCAAGACGUGUCCAAUAAAACUUCCGGAUUUGCUGAGUCAGAUGUUGUUCAGUCUCAUGGUGGCGUCUUGGUGGAAAACACGUCCCCGUCUGCUCCCGUUUCCGCCCCACAGUUCAGAACCUUCCGGAGAGCAAGUGAAGUGAGCACUGUCAGCCAGGUGUCCGGAAUGGCAGACAGUUACACUGCUUCCAACAUAGCCAACAAUAAAAAACAUCAUCUCAACCACUCCAGAGGGUUUAGCCUUCUGGCUCUCCUAGCGCUUCCCCACAAACCUCACAUCCAGUCCUUCCCCCAGAGGACUGGGAGGCUCAAGCCCGAAAGAUCCCCGAAUCCUUCAAGACGAAGGUUUGAAAACUCCCUCCACAGGGAAACGGAGACCGUUCGCCUGAUUCCAGAUCUUGAUGUCCACAAAGUUGCAGCCAAGUGGUGGGGAACCAAAAGGAUUGACUAUGCUCUCUACUGUCCGGAUGCGCUGACCGCCUUCCCCACAGUUGCCUUACCACACCUCUUUCAUGCCAGCUACUGGGAAUCCACAGACGUGGUCUCCUUCCUCCUUAGACAGGUGAUGCGGCAUGAAAACGGCAGCAUUCUUGAAGUGGACGGGAAAGAGAUCUCCGUCUUCACGCCUUCCAAACCCAGGGAGAAAUGGCUUCGUAAACGGACUCAUGUCAAGCUACGGAACGUCACCGCCAAUCACAGGAUCAAUGACACCAUAGCCAAUGAAGAACGGCCCCAGGUGUUAAACGGGAGGUUCAUGUAUGGCCCGUUGGACAUGGUCACGCUCACGGGGGAGAAGGUGGACAUUCACAUCAUGACCCAGCCUCCCUCAGGGGAAUGGGUUUAUUUUGACACGGAGAUCGCCAACAGCAGUGGGCGCGUUUCCUACAUGAUUCCUGAGCAGAGACGGCUGGGGAUCGGGGUCUAUCCUGUCAAAAUGGUGGUGAGGGGGGAUCACACAUACGCAGAUAGCUACAUCACCGUUUUACCGCGGGGGACCGAAUUCGUGGUCUUCAGCAUUGACGGCUCCUUCGCAGCCAGCGUCUCCAUUAUGGGCAGCGACCCAAAAGUCAGAGCUGGAGCAGUUGAUGUCGUACGGCACUGGCAAGAGCUUGGCUACCUCAUUAUCUACGUCACGGGCCGGCCCGACAUGCAGAAGCAGAGAGUGGUCGCCUGGUUAGCACAGCACAACUUUCCCCACGGGAUUGUCUCCUUCUGCGACGGGCUGGUUCAUGAUCCCUUGAGGCACAAAGCCAACUUCCUGAAGUCUCUCGUCACAGACCUGGACAUGAAGAUCCAUGCGGCCUAUGGAUCCACCAAGGAUGUCUCCGUCUACACCUCCAUCAACCUGUCCCCUUCACAGAUCUACAUUGUCGGGCGGCCUACCAAAAAGUUACAGAACCAAUGCCAAUUCAUCACAGAAGGCUACGCGUCCCAUCUGGCUCAGCUGGAGUACACUCAUCGCUCUCGGCCUGCCAAGAACACCACGCGAAUGGCUCUCCGGAAGGGCAGCUUCGGACUCCCAGGCCAAACCGAAUUCCUGCGCAAGAGGAACCACCUGUUGCGAACUAUCUCCUCCCAGCCCACCGUGUCCUCUGGCCAGAGUGCCAGUUACCGUCCAGAGUGGACACAAAGCCACUCCGAAAGUGACCGGGAAAGGGACCGAGAACGCAGCCAACGGAGCAUGAGUCUCGCCACGGGCUGCUGGGGCCGAAGCACACUCCCAAGGCUCGAACCGGGGAACUUGGGUCAGAAGUAGAGGCGUCCGAGGCGCGAUGAUGGCCGGCUGCACUUGCCCGGGUGGCGGAAGCAGGGGCCACGGCAUGGCCAGUGGCGUGGGGCUCGUGGGCAAAUAUGGUGCUACUUAUUGCCGGUGGGGCGGCAGUGACCUGGCCAGGAGCAACCAAGCAAUUUGGGUUUCCUUCCCCCCCACCACUCACAAAACAUGGCAGGGACGUUGGGUACGUGGAGAGCAACCGGGGAGGCCGAGAACAGGAGCCACCUUCUGCCCCUGAGACUUCAAGCUGCCUCAUCUUCAAAGAUCCACCAUUUUCCGGCUCUUUAUCCAGGGUUAGAGAUUGUAAAUACGUGCCUGUCCAGCUUCUUCGUAGCCGUCCAUCAAAGACGAGAAGACACAUCAUCCAAGUAAACCCACCGGUACCGUUGGGAGCAGCAGCAGGAGAGCAGAUUGUGCUCACGUAGACCGGACACGAGGAAGGGGACAUCGACAACUAUCACUACUUUACAACCCGCAACCACACUUGAUUCAUUUCUGGAGUCUGGAAGGACUCGGAGACCCACAAGCAGAAGCCACAGCCCCAGGGCCGAGUCACGUUGGACGGCUUCAACGGUGGCGAUAUAAAGCUACGGGUGCAAUGCACACACUGCUGGAUUGGUGAUUUUAUCGAGGCUGGUUCUAAUUAAAGGCUUUUUAUUUUUUAAAUAAGAGUUUGGAAGUUGACGGAUUGCACUAAUUCAGGAAAUUUUUUAAAAACAAGUCUUAACAGGCACGGGAUUCUGCCCCUUCGGAAGGAAGGGAGCACGACUUGGGCACGACCUUCUGAAGGCAGGACCUGCCGUAUGAUUCGGAACACCUGGGAAGUGGCGAUAUUUCCUCAGCCUAAAACCGAAAAUAAAAAGAAGCUACGUCCAAAUUCUUCCCAGGCCUUUUCAGAUUGUUGUUGUUUAUUUAUUUAUUUAUGAAUUCCCCUCCCUGCCUUUAGACUGGAAUCGUUUUCUCGUUUUUCCAACGUUAUAGUAUCAGAUUUCGGGAGGGGUUGUAAACUCGGUUUUCUUUUUUUUAAACCGGUAGAUAUAUCACAACUGUACACCUCAUGGUUUUUAGGGGUUUGCACUGAGAAACUUUUAGGAAGGAGGUCUGGUUUUUAUUUUAUUUUUAUUUUUCAAGCGACUCCUUCCGGAUUUAUAGCGCAUGUCAUUCAAUGUUGUUAAGCCACGGAAGGUCUGUCUGUACUUAACAGACGCACAACAACACGGCAGGCUUGAACGAAGGGGGAGAUUUCCCCACCCAUUCGCCCUUUGGAUAUUUCGGAAAGAUUUUUUUUUAAAAAGUUCGCAUUAGCCAUUUGAGCCACCUCGCAGAGACAUCAACCUGACCAGGGAAGUUAGGAGAGGGAAAACGGCAUUUUUUUUCCCCCGCCUGGAAGAGAUUUGAUGCUAAAAACGAUAGGAUCUCUGAGCAGAAGGGGAUUUAUAAUACAGGGGGUCCUUGGCUUACGACCAUUCAGAGUUACAAUGGCACUUAAAAAAAGGGUGACUUAUGACCGUUUCUUGUACCGUCGCGGUAUCCCGUUAGUCACGGGAUCAAAAUUCACCCACUUGGCAGUGGAUUCAUCCUUGUGACGGUCGCAGGGUCCCAGGGAGGUGUGUGCUUGUCACAGGAUCCCCUUUGGCCCCCUUCAGAUGAGCAAAGCCAACGGGGGAUCCUGACUCACUUAACAAGCAUCGGACAAAUAACUACAGGGACUCCUUUAAUGACGGCGGCCAGAAAGGUCACAAAAGGGGGCAAAAACUCCACCACUGUCCCGCUUAGCAACGGAAAUCUGGGAGGGUCGUAAGUCCAAGGAGGACCUGUAUUUUCCUCCUCCUUCUCUGCUCGUUUACCUGGCUUGAAAGAGGUUUGAAAGCUUUGGGGGGGGGAAAGACGUGAGGGGGGGUGGCAUUUGUCUGGCUGUUCACCCUCCUUCUUCGUCUGCCCUGUUUGCCAUCCAGAUUUUUCUAGCUGCUGCCAAGGGGCAUUUCGGCCCAUCCUAAAGCCCCAACCUCUUCACUGGGAGGUCAACCUUGUCUUUAUCGGCCUGCAAUGCCGCUCCUUUUUUUAUAUGCUUUGCUCAGAUAUCUCCACUGUCCGCCUCCGACCGCUUGUAUCACCCCUUAUCUCGCAGGCGCAUCUUCGUCCGUCUUUUCCGGCCUU